AAAUUGGUUCUUAAUAAUUGAAGCAAUAUAUGAAGCUAAUGGAAUAUUUCGAACUCGGAGUGGUUUACAAUAUGAAGAAAAGGGUCUUGGCUUGAAAAUGUGUGUGUGGACCAGGGAUUUGUUUAGACUACUCUAGGGUUUUACGACCGACUCUCCAGAUUCCACAUCUGCAAGAUCUCAGGUUCAAAUGGUCAUCUCUGGAACCUUGGUUUAGUUAAAAUCUAGGGGAUAUUGAAAAUUUUGACUUUAGGAGUCCCGUGGGACGUAACAAUACAGAUACCUCAAUUCCCAACAGUUAGAAGUCUGGAAUCUGACGAUUUACAGUCUUCGUCUCAAUGCAGUACUUCCAAGGCGAAGCAAAUCAAAAAUUAUACUAGUCAGCCACAAACUGGAAGGUCCAAUGCUUUGUCAGAAUCUCGAAUAGGCAGAAAUUGUGCCAUUACUUCAUCAACUUCGAAGGAUGACCGAAAUGUCCAAACAUUUCUCACAAUUGUCCAAACUCUAAACCAAAAAAAAUUCAACCCAUAACUUAUCAGAAUAUUUUAAAUAAUUCAACACCACGAAUCAAUCGUACAGCACAAAAUGGAUCAGCCGCCGGUAUCAGUUUGAAUGAUAUCCUUCUAGACGAGGAUCUCCCAAUUAUACUUAACCUUUUUGCAUGUAUUAAUUUAUUCAAGGAGAAAAGCCAUUUCUCGGUAUGUAUUCUCUUUACUGAUUACUACUAUGUGUAAAUAGUUACAAUAUGCACCAACGAGUCAAGAUAUUAUCAAACCUCAUUGAUAAUAAUUAGAUUUCUUCGAAUAAGAAUCACAUUAGACUUUGCAUUUGUACACUGAGAGGAAAAAUUACUUGAUUUGAGAAAUUUCAUAGUUGAUGGCUCCUUAGAGAAGAUUAAUUUGUAUUUAAAUAAUUAUUAUUGAUUAAUUCAUGUACGUUCGUUUGAAACAAAUAAAUGUUAUUAGUUUCAAGUGAACAUACUCAAACUAAUAAAUAAUAUUCAUUUAAUAUAAAUAAAUCUUCACUAAGAAGCAUCAAUUAUGAAAUUUCUCGAAUCAAGUAAUUUUUUAUCUCAGUGUACUUACAGGUAAAACUGGAUAAACGCUCGGUCUCCAUCAGUCAUCAUGGGAUGAAAUUAUUAUAUUUUCGAAGUAAAAAUAAGCACAAUCAUUUUCUAUUGAUAAGUACAGGGCUGUUAUUCAGAUUUUUAUAUAUAAGGAUGGCUACAAAAGCUGAUAUGAUUAUUUAUCAUUCUUUCCCAAGAAAUUCAAUAAUCUUUAUUCAGGUUUUGUAAGUUAUCUUUGACAAAACCCUUGAGUUCUGAGUAACGCCUUUGAUAAAUAUCUACAAUGCUACGUCAAAAAAUCCAUGGUACUUUUCAGAAAUUUAAGUUUAUAGUUUUAUACAUACUUAUUCACGUUCUCAAUUGUGCAUAUCAAUAUUCUCGAAUAGGAAUAAUUAUUGAGAAAAUCAUUACAGCUCCUGAAAAUUUAUAAGUUUUCAUAUUUAUAUACAUGUAUAUUGCCUAUGUUGCAGAACUUCACACCAAAAUUGUGGAAAAGAUGGAAGGUAUGUCCAUAACUUCUACUUCUUGGGAAUAUACUUUUCAUCUAUUUAUAAAUUUCAUAUAAUCAGAUCAGUUUUUGUAUUUUAUAAUUUUUCAUAAGUACUUGAUACGAAAGUAUGUUUGAUCCCUAAUUAUGGCUCUAAACAGUACAAAACGUAAAACUAUAUUAACUCUAAAGCUCAAAUAAAAUCAUAACUCAUAUGAAUGACUAAUGAGAGGGAAAUUACUAUUUUCCAUACACUGAAAUUCAAGGCUAUUGAUUUUCAGAUAACUUCAAUAAAGCUUUUAUAGCAUUAGCAAGUUUAUCUGUAGAUAUAGCAGUUCUUGGUGAGCAACUUAACAAAAUUGAGAAGCUAAUGACGAAGGCUAAUCCGAGGGCAGAUACUGAGGCAUUCACUGAAAUAUCUGUCAUGUUUCCAUUCAAAACUAAGGAAGAUAUUUUGAUUUUUGAAGGCAACCUGGCAACAGACCCUAAACUUAUGGAUAAAUUGGUGAAAUAUCUAUCACAGAUAGGUGGUUAUAGCGCAAAGGAAUACAUCGUCAGAAUCAUGCGUAAAGUUUUCACCAAUGAUGUUGCACGACAAUCGUCGUGGCGAGGCCUGAGAAACAAUUUCAAAAUCAGUUAUUUGAAGACCACACUUGGCAUCAAAAUUGCAGUGAUGACGAGGUUCAAAAUGACUGAUAAAGAGUUUGACGAAAUGACAAGCGAAUGGUUACGACAAGCUAAUCAACAUUGUACGAGGGAACAGAAGCGAGUUCAGAAUAAUUUAUAAAAUCUACUAUAGCUUAUACCACUCAUUAUAUCAGUAGACUAGCUGACCCGGUGAACUUCGUAUCACCGUCACAUGCAAGAAUACAUACAGGAUGCUAUGACUUUCGUACGUGAAUAUGGACGACCGUGUCUUUUCAUCAGUUUUACAUGUAAUCCAAAAUGGCAGGAAAUUACAUCGUUGCUAUUACCAGGACAAAAUGCAAUACAUCGUCAUGACAUUACAGCACGUGUGUUCAAACAAAAAUUAAAGUCUUUAAUCAGCUUUAUUACAAAAUUGCAUGUAUUUGGCCCCACACGUUGUUGGAUGUAUUCAGUUGAGUGGCAAAAGCGUGGAUUACCUCAUGCUCACAUUUUAAUUUGGUUCGUCGACAAAAUACGUGCUGAAGACAUCGAUAGUUUGAUUUCUGCAGAGAUUCCAGAUCCGUCUACUGAUCAAUUACUGUUUGAUAUUUUUACUACAAACAUGAUUCAUGGUCCGUGUGGAGAUCUGAAUUGUUCAUCAGCUUGCAUGGUAGACGGAAAAUGUACAAAGCGUUUUCCCAAAGAUUUCACUAACGAUACGAUCACACAUGUUGAAGGAUAUCCAAUAUAUCGUCGAAGAAGUACCGAAAAUGGCGGACAAUCUUUCAUUAAAACUAUCAGUAAUGCAGACAUCGACAUUGAUAAUCGUUGGGUGGUACCAUAUUCACCUCUGCUGAGCAAAACAUUCAAUGCUCAUAUUAACGUUGAGUCAUGCAGUUCGGUGAGGAGUAUCAAAUAUAUUUGCAAGUAUGUGAAUAAGGGAAGUGAUAUGGCUGUAUUUAGAAUUGGAAAUACUAAUGUACAUGCUCCUCCGUUGAAUCAAAAUGAUGAAAUUACGAAUUAUCAAAUUGGCCGGUAUAUCAGUUCCAAUGAAGCUGUCUGCCGUAUUUUCGGUUUCCCAAUUCAUGAACGGGAUCCAGCAGUUAUCCAUUUAGCUGUCCAUCUUAAAAACGGCCAGCGCGUAUAUUUUACGAACGAAACAGCGCUUGAUUAUGUUAUAAAUCCACCAAAAACUACGCUCACCGAAUUUUUUGAACUGUGCAAUCGUGCGAAUGCUUUUGGUGCCUUCGCACAAACACUGCUCUAUUCUGAAGUUCCAAAGUAUUUUACAUGGGCUCAAUCGAAAAAAUGGAUGCCCUGCAAGCAAGGGACACCAGUUGAUGCGUGCCCCGGUUUAUUCAAAUCAAAUAGUUUGGGUCGUGUUUAUACAGUCAAUCCAAGACAGACUGAUUGUGAGUGCUUUUAUCUGCGGCUGUUGUUGGUUAAUGUCACCGGACCAUCGUCAUUUCAAGAUAUACGUAAGGUAAAUGGACAACAGUAUCCUAUCUUUAAAAAAAAAAUUCUUGUUAAAAAAAUUAAAGAUAAGUAGCAAAUAAAAAAUAGGGGUUGAUCUUAGAGGGGUAAAAAAUUCAGAGUGAUAUGAAAUUUUUCAUUCUAAGUCAUAACAAAAUAAAAAAAAAUCCUUGCAAAAUAAAUUGAAGUUUUUAAUUGACAAAUAAAAAAUAGGGGUUUACGUAGAGGGGUGAAAAUUAAAGGUUGUAUGUAUUUUCGUAUGGUGUAUCAUAAAAAAAUAAAAAAAAUAAAUUUGUCAAAAAAAAUUAAAAAAAAAUUUAGGGGUGGACCACCCUUAACAUUUAGGGGGAUGAAAAAUAGAUGUUGUCCGAUUCUCCACCCUGACCGAUAUGCAUGCUUCGGAUGACAAAAAUCGGUCUAGCCGUUUCGGAGGAGAUAGAUUACAAACACCGUGACACGAGAAUUUUAUGUAUUAGAUUCAGACCAAUCGAAAGCAAAUGUGAGGGACCAAUAUUUGAGAGACAAUGCCACACGCUUGUUCGAAUAUCACAGGAUAUUUCUUACAUGGGUUUUGCUGAAUUGUUUUGAAAAACAUGUGAUCUUGAAAGAAUGAUUUCUGAUAGUUUUGUUGAAACUUAAUAUUUUUCAUAUCAUUCACCUUUCGACUUAUAUUACUUGGGCGGAGUAUAUGUUUCUAAAUUUAUGCUGUUUCGCUAUAUUCAAUUCUUUUUAUGGAGUCACUAGUUCGUACAGAACCAUACCUAAUUCUUGGCAUAUCAUUGUCUCUGACAUUUUGGAUUAUACCUGUUUAUCAACUUUUUUAUCUCAUCAAUCUGAAAUGCACAAUUGAUACGUUUUUUAUUUUCAUUUGUAAUUUGAAUUUUAUUUUCAUCAAUAUGCUUCUGUCUUUUCGUAAAGUCAUAAUCAUCCUUUACAUCGACUAUAAUUUUUCUUUAGUGUUUACUCGCCAACAAUAAAACAGUCCAAUAUAUAUACUUAAUAGUAGAAUUACGGUUCCUAACAUCAGACGUAGCAAUUGGGAAGUAUCGUGUGUGUUAAUUUCGGUAUUCAGUUCGAGUCUGUAUAGUAGGUUUAUUUGAUCACCUGUUUCUCAAAUUUUUUUGUUUGCAUUAACGAUGAAUGCAAUUCCAGACUUUGGUUACUCAAUCAAUGUUGAAGUAAGGUGCAACAAGUGGUUUGUAAGGUUUGAUUGUUCCUAAAUAGAAGACUGUUAUAAGUAUAAGUAGCAAAGAUUAAUUCUUGAUAUCGAUCAUAGAAAUAUGAUUUCCUUUUUCAUUAUAUAUAGUUUAUUCGUGAAAAAUAGCUUGUCUCAUAUCAAACUUAGAUUAUAUGAACAUGUGAUCAAAACAUGUAUUGCUGUGCGAAAGACUAAAAUUUGCCGGUAACCAAACAUCGUUAUAUUACUCGAUUAAUAUAAUAUGAUAUUUUUAUUAUUGUUUUAAUAUUUUAAUAUGAAACUGAAAUAAUAUAGGCAUAAAUGUACGAGUACACAUUAUUAUAAGCAUACUAUCGAUAAGACAUUGUUUCCUGUAUCGAAUUUUAUUAGACUGUUUGUAUGUACGAAAGUUUAUAUAACUAAAAUAAAAAGCACAUUCGUUACUGGAUAGCUAAACUUAAAAUAUUUUUACUAUCGCCGAUACGGUUCAUUACGUUGAAUGAUGAUUUAUUUAUUCAUGAAUGAUAACUUUUGAAAAUAGUAAGAAUAUUUUACAGGGAUAGCGUUCUUUAGGUAUGUGUGAUACGUGAUUUCUGUGUAUACUAUGGAAACAAUUAUAUCCUCAAUAUAUCUAUUUCAUGCAGCUGCCAUGUUAAUGAUAUAAUAUACCUGUCUCGUAUCUGCUAUGUUAUAGGUCUGUAA